AUGGCUUCUUUCUACAGGACGGCAACAGCAGUGUGCCUCGUCGCACUCGGUGUGCUCCAAUCCCAGGCACAAGGGAAUAAUACAACAUAUAAAUUUACAGUAGUGGAUGUAGAUGAAGACGCCUACUUGUCCGCCAACUUGGCCCGUAAUGGGAAGCUCCCAGUUCACAUCAGUGAGGUCACAAAGGACGAAAGCCUUGUCACUCAGUUGACGGGAGAAGUAACAAAAGCAACAGCCGAAGUAGAGCCCGAUGCGGAGGGCUGCACUGCAUUGAUAACCGCCGAACUGAAGGAGCGCUUCCAUUACUCUUUCGAGCACGAACCCCAGUCAGAGGACAGUAUCGACUACCGUCAAUUACUGCAGAAAGCCCUUGACGCAGGAUUGGAAGUCUUCAACACUGCAAUCGGGUGCGUCGUUGGGAGGUGUACCACAGUAGUAACUUCGGCCGACGCGGACGUAGUUAAAGAUGGAGAAGGAGGUUCAGUUGCACCGAAAGAAACUUUAACAAAGGAUGCGGUACUUUUCUGCGAUCUCAAACCGGCGGCUGCAAAGGAGUCGGUCCCCUUUGAUGAGGAGUAUUUCAACGGACUUAUAGAACGAACCACUCAAUUAAAAGAUAUGACAAAAGACGACCUGAAGAAUUCUGUUGGAAAUGGCCCUGUAGCAACGGCCUCUACCAUUCUAAUUGCCGGUUUGGUUGCUAUGCUGACAGCCGUCUCUGCCUAG